GAGGAGGAGGAGGGAGAGGGAGGAAGGGGGGCGGCGUCGGCGGGUCCCCAGCACCCCCCCGGAGUGUGCCACCCUGCCCUGCUGUGCCCCCGUUGGGGCUGCCCCCCGAAUGACGGGCGGAAGAUUCGACUUCGACGAUGGGGGCACCUACUGCGGAGGCUGGGAGGAAGGCAAGGCGCACGGGCAUGGCAUCUGCACGGGCCCCAAGGGCCAGGGCGAAUACUCGGGGUCCUGGUCGCACGGCUUCGAGGUGGUGGGGGGCUAUACCUGGCCCAGCGGCAACACGUACCAGGGCUACUGGGCGCAGGGCAAGAGGCACGGACUCGGGGUGGAGACGAAAGGCAAGUGGAUCUACCGGGGGGAGUGGUCGCACGGCUUCAAGGGGCGCUAUGGGGUGCGCCAGAGCCUGUGCGCCCCGGCCCGCUACGAGGGCACCUGGAGUAACGGUUUGCAAGACGGCUACGGCGUGGAGACCUACGGGGAUGGAGGUACCUACCAGGGCCAAUGGGCCGGGGGCAUGCGACACGGCUAUGGGGUGCGCCAGAGUGUGCCCUAUGGCAUGGCCACCGUGAUCCGCUCUCCUUUACGCACCUCGCUGGCCUCGUUGCGCAGCGAGCAGAGCAAUGGGAGUGUUCUCCAGGAUGCCGCAGCCGCAGCAGACACCCCAACUGGCACCCGAGGUGGCUUUGUCCUCAACUUCCAGGCUGAUGCAGAGCUCCCCGGCAAGAAGAAGGGUGGCCUCUUUCGCAGGGGAUCCCUUUUGGGGAGUAUGAAACUUCGCAAGUCGGAAUCCAAGUCUUCCAUCUCCAGCAAGCGCAGUUCUGUGCGCAGCGACGCUGCCAUGAGCCGCAUCAGUUCCAGCGAUGCCAACUCCACCAUCAGCUUUGGAGACGUGGAUUGUGAUUUUUGCCCUGUGGAAGACCAUGUGGAUGCCACCACCACCGAGACCUACCUGGGCGAGUGGAAGAAUGACAAGCGUAACGGCUUUGGCAUCAGCGAGCGCUCCAAUGGCAUGAAGUAUGAAGGCGAGUGGGCCCAUAACAAGAGGCAUGGAUAUGGCUGCACCGUGUUUCCUGAUGGCUCCAAGGAAGAAGGGAAAUACAAAAACAAUGUUCUGGUCCGUGGAAUAAGGAAGCAGCUGAUACCCCUCAGAAAUACCAAAACGAGGGAGAAGGUGGACAGAGCCAUCGAAGGGGCCCAACGUGCAGCCGCCAUGGCCAGAACCAAAGUGGAAAUUGCGAAUUCGAGGACCGCGCAUGCAAGAGCGAAAGCUGAUGCUGCUGACCAGGCUGCCCUGGCGGCCCGCCAGGAGUGUGAUAUCGCGAGAUCAGUGGCCAGGGAGCUGUCACCUGACUUCUACCAACCAGGUCCCGAUUAUAUCAAACAGAGAUUUCAGGAAGGUGUAGAUGCAAAAGAAAAUCCAGAAGAAAGGGUACCGGAAAAGCCUCCUACUCCAAAAGAAUCUCCUCAUUUUUAUCGCAAAGGCACAACACCCCCAAGGUCUCCUGAGGCAAGCCCCAAACAGAGCCAUUCUCCCCAGCCUUCCUCCCCAAAGCCCACCAAGAAGCAGAACCCCAGCUCUGGGGCCAGACUCAACCAAGACAAAAGGAGUGUGGCCGAGGAGCAGGUCGCAGCUGUUGUCAGUAAGCCCUUGAUGUCAAAAGCGCCCUCCAAGGAGUUGGCUGCCUCCAUGCCCCAAUCCAAGUACUCUGGCCGCCACCACAUCCCCAGCCCCAGUAAUGGGGAGCUACAUUCUCAGUAUCAUGGUUACUACGUGAAAGUAAAUGCCCCCCAGAAUCCUCCGGAAGAUGGGGAGGAAAAUAGCAGGUCAAACCAGUCUUCCUCAGCACUGGUGCACAAGCCAUUGCCCAGCAAAUGGAGCUCCACUCAAUCUGUGACAAAAGCAGUUGCCAAAGAAAGCAAAGCUGAGCCAAAAGCUAAGAAGUCUGAACUUGCUAAACCAAAGAACCCAGCAAGCAGUGAUGCGUGCCCUUCCUUGGAAAAAGAAGCCAAUUCAGGCCCUAAUUCUGUCAUGAUCAUCCUUGUCAUGCUGUUGAAUAUCGGGUUGGCCAUUCUUUUUGUUCACUUUCUAACUUGAGUGGCAUUGGGAAAGUGAAGUCAUGACAACUAGUGAUGUUAGCCCAGAGUUCUCUGCAGUGGUGUCAUCCGCCCUUUAAAUGGCACACACCAGUCAGACUCAGAGGGAAGGAGGCUUGGAAUUAGAAUGGGAUCGCGAGAGAGAUGAAACUUGGAAAAUGCAGCCCGAGGAUCUGUUCGGUUCCCCCCCUGGGAGUGCUUUGUGGCUUUGGGGUCCUUUGAGGGCUGAAGCACACAGCCGUGGUGGAAAUGCAAAACUUAAUAACCAUUCUCUCUUAAAAUCUGCUGAAGCGGCCCCAUCCGGUGAAGUUCUUGGCAAUGGUGACUCCAUCUGUCCUAGCAGAGUGUGACUAAACUAGAAAUGUAUGGAGCUGCAUUUUUUUUUUUUAUUAUUGAUGGAAGUCAACAGCUGCCUUACCAUUUUAUCAUCUGACGUUUUUAGUAGGGAGCUGGAGAAACAAACCACCCGAGGAAUGCAGGCGGAGGAUUAUGUUGCUGUGGCCACUGUUCCAACAUGCACUUCUAUCUCAUUAAAAGGAAUAGGUAGCAGCACCGUUCCCCAGUCUUAUGCCAUGACCUGCUGCUGUAACGUCUUCUGGAAUAUUCUGGGAGAGAGUGUUUCAUUUGCUUGUGCACGACUUUGUUCAUUUUUGCUGUUUAUCUCAAUCUGAUGGAUCUUUCUCUACCCGCACUCAGUCCUGGCUGAAUGAAACACACGUGUUGCACCUCCAAGAAAAAGAAACAACAAAAAUUCUAG